CGUCGACCAAGACGACGAGGAGACUCUGGCCGGCCUCGUACCUGCCUCCUCCUGCGGGCCGCCUUCCCCUGCCCCUCCUCCUCCUCUCGCCCCUCGAAGCCCGUAUUUCAGUCUCUAAUCACCGCCCUGCAUCUCGCGGGCGCGCUUCCUCGACGCUCUUUUCUCUCAUCCUCCUCCGUGUCACCUCCUCUCCGCCAUGCACAUCGCUCGCCAUGCCGUAGCACGCCAGGACACUUCGGUGGCGGGUCUCUCUGGGGCCGCCACAGUCGCUGCUACUGCUUCAGAUACUGCUCUGAUAUUCAACACGGAUGCCGCUGCCGCCACCGCUGCAGUCACCGCCCCUCCUCUCGCUGACGGCCAGACUAUCACACUCACGUCUUCGGGCUCCUCCUCAAGCGCCACUUCGACGCCGUCGAGCUCUGCAGUUGCAAGCGCGGUGAACGCCUCCAAAUCAUCCCAGCUUCCCCUCGGCUCGAUUAUCGCGAUUUGUGUGGGAGCAUUCAUCGGCAUUCUUGCUGUCAUAUUCUUCCUCUAUGCCUGGUUCCGUCGGCGCACCGACAAGCUCUCUGCAUCUGCUCGCAGGAACGCGGAAGGUGCCCAGCAGCAGCGCACGCAACCCAAGAACUUCAACCGACUGGGUGACUCUGAGAAGCGCGCGGGUGGCAACCUCCCGCCACCCUCGCCAGCGGCGCAGGACCCCCACGACUCGGACGAGAAGAACUUCUCCAUGUUCAAGAAGUCCCCGAGCGUCCGCACCGCGUACACGACCAAGACGACGACGGACGAGGACCAGGCGAUGGAUCUGCCCCAGCUCGACUUCACUAAGUACCACCCUACCCUCGCGCAGGAGCUUUCGUUCGAGAACCCGGACAAGCCGUUUGCGAGGCCCGGCCCUGGCCGCCAGAACAGCGGUGUGUCGUGGGAUGGCGAAACGCUCGGUGACGACUCCUUCCUCUCCAUGCACUCAAUGCGCGUCGACUCCGGCGCGAUGUCCCCGACGAUGGUCAUGGCGAAGAUGACCCCGCCCGCGACGACGUCUGCGAUCCACAAGUGGGAGUCCGCCGAGGUACUCAUCGCUGAUGAGGACGCUGCCGCACAGGAGCCGUCACGCAACCCCUUCGCUGAGAUGGCAGAGGAGCGCCGCGCACGAAACAACCCGUUCUUCAACGCGCAGGACAUGAACCGGAACAGCAGGGCGAUCCGCAGCCGGAGUAACAGUCGCACCAGCCGGACUAGCCGCGCCCAGAGCAUGGUCAGGCAGUCUACCAAUCCGUUCAUCGACCUCCACGAAGCUGUCCCCGUCUCCUCCAUCGAAGCAUACACGCCCGACACCCUCUACCCGAACUCCGGCCUACCAAACAAGGCAUCCGUGCCCAGCGGCGCAUCCGCCUCGGCCUUUGGCAACGACCGCGCGAUGGCGUCGCUCAUUGCCGCGCUCGACCUGACGAAGGAGGAGGUCGAGGAGCGCCUCCGCGUCGUCUCGAUGCAGGGCUCGAUGGUCUCCGCAUACUCAAAUGACGAGUCGGACAUCGCCACCGUGCGAGAGUUCCCCCUCCCGCCCGGCACCACCUCGCUCUCGCCCUAAUCCGGCACUCCCACCCCGCCUCUCCCGCCCUUCCUGCGGGAGCCGUCCCGCCUUCCUGAGCUGAGCGCGUGCGCCGCCGUCCCUUCCUUGUCCGCGCUUGACGCCCGCGUUUGCCCUUCUUCCCCGCUCUUCGCUUCUCGAGUCUGGAUGCACUCCCCCCCACCCCGGUUCGCCCCUCCUGAUGUACGUGUACGUCGGCCACGACUUCCGCUUUCCAACGCCCGCUGCCCCGCGCGCCCCCUUCUUCCGCGCUGGCUGCCCCCGCACGCUCGAGCUGUGCAUAUCCCUCCCGGGGCGCGGCGGACGUCCCCCUUCGUCCGCGCGCCGCCGGUCGAGGCAUGGACCGUUCCGCUUCAUGUUCAUGUUCAUGUUUCUGCACGUCGUAUGUACCCACCCUCCUCGCUCCCCGCUCCCGGGCCCGUGCCCCGUCGUUUACGUUACCCCGCCCGCAGGAGGGCCUGCCGUUCUCCCCUUUCCCUCCUAUGACAGGUCUUGGCUUUAGUGUACUACAUACCGCUGAUUUUAUUUAUAAUUCCCGGCCCCGUCGAAGUCUUCGUUAGUAGCGUUUUUGGCGAAUACCAUCUCGCUACCCAAUCU